AGAGCAUCUUCUUUGGUGGCGUGCAGGAGGAUAUGCGCAGGCGUUUGCUAAAUAAGGGAUUGCUUGUGAACGAUCUUAGCUUCAAAGGUUGCAUGCGUGGUCUGCAGGUGAAUAAUCAAGACUUGGGCUUUCCACAAAUGAAGGUCUCACAUCAUCUGUCCGUGAAUUGCGUUUGGAAAUAUCCUUGCGUAGAACAUAAGCCAUGCUUGAAGAGCGGCAUCUGCAAUCAGUAUGGCGUGGACGAAUUCAUCUGCUAUUGCGAUCAGUCGUAUUGCAUUAAGGCCGACUAUCAAGGACCCUUCAAGAUCUUCACCGAAACGAGCCCGGAGCUGGAGUUGCUCUACGUUUCACCCAUGCAACUGCUCGAAGGCGGCAUCGUCUUCUUGUCGCCACACUUCAUUGACGUGCUUAUUGAUAUGCGUAAAUAUCCCAGCCUCAGCGAUACUUCCAUUGUGUUCCACGUCGUUCAGCAGCCCAAAUAUGGCCAACUGUUGCAAUUCUCAGUGGAGAAAAAUAAUUUUGUGCAGUGUCGCACAUUUAGCCUUGUAGAUCUCUCUACAGACAAAGUGAAAUAUGCGCACAAUGGCAUGGAGAACUUCAACGAUCAUGCCACUCUAGAUAUGCAGGUAUAUGGCGACAUACACAAGGUGCCAGAGAAUAUUCUCGGCAAACAUCGCUUUCUCUUGCACGCCAAUGUAACGCCCAUAAAUGAUCCGCCACAGCUGCAGAUACCGAUCAACAAGAUUUUGCGCGUCAUCGAAGGCAUCGAGCGUGUACUGGAUGUGGAUUUGUUCAAUAUUGAUGACCCCGAUAGCCCGACGAGCGCUUUAAUCUAUACAAUACUGCCAUCCACGAAUCCCGCCGANAAUCCCGCCGAAGCUUUUGGCCGUUUCCUUGUCAAUGGCAUAGGCACUAUGACUUUCUCGCAAGCGGAUGUCAAUUUGGGCAAA